AUGGCGCCAUUCGCCUCCAUCGAUCAAGUGGCAAGCGAGAAUCUUCAGCCGCAAAGGCGCGCUAUUGUCCACGAUGACCCAUUGCGAUGGUCGAGCUCCCAGCUCUCCGAGCUACGCCCCCGAGAAGCCGAAGACGUCGAGUCUGUUAUGACUGAUAACCAGCCAGAAUCGAUCCCUUCCUCUCACCCUCGCAGACGUGCCAACUCGAUUUCUACCAUCUCGGAGCAGCGAUCGGUCGGUGGAGGCAACCGUGGAGAACUCCGUAUCGUGAUCGAUCGAUCAGAGGACCAGCCCGGAUCCGCAGGUGGGAAAUCGCCUGACACAGCGCUGGAAGUCCCUAUUCCUCAUUACCGACUUGGAUCGCCACGGUUCAACCAGGAGGGUAGUGCAACCCUGCAGAGUUCCGUCUACACGCGGAAUUCCACGUCCGAUAAUUUUCGAAACUCGACCUUGCUAGGUGGUAUGGUCGACCCUAUGCCCGCCCGAAUCCAUGGCCCGUAUAGCAGAGAUUCAACUUCCCGUAAUCGAUCCUCCUUCGCCGUCUCGAUGUUUUCUGGCGCGGCGGCAGCUAUAGAUCUGAGCCGAGCUUCUCCAUUGCCAAGAAACUCCAUUGUAUACGAGCUGAAGGAGCCGGUGGAACCUUCCAUAUAUGAGAAUUUGGUCUCUGAAAUGGAUGAUGAGGCCGUCGUACGCUACAUCCCUGGCACCAAAGACAUCAGCGCCGCGACACCUGCUCGUAUUGUGGCUCAGGUCUCAUCAGAGUCGUUUAUGGACUACGAAUUAGUCUCGGAUUUCUUUCUCACGUUUCGCUCAUAUCUUUCCACCGAUCAUUUGUUGGCUUUGCUUCUUGCUCGUCUACAGUGGGCUAUCAACCGACCGCAAGAUGAUGGACGUAUCAUUCGGAUCCGCACUUUCGCUGCUCUAAGACACUGGAUCUUGAAUUAUUUUGUGGAUGACUUCGUGACGAGCUAUGAACUUCGCCAAACAUUUUGCGAGACCAUCAACGCCUUGUAUCAAGAGGUCAAGUCGCGCCAAAAUGGCUGCAUGAGUGAUUUGAAGAUUUUGAUCGACCUGAAGCGGUGUUGGAAUGGCAAGUGCUCAGUUUACUGGGGCAGUUCCGACUUCUCGCAGGCCUACAACGAUCCUGACAGCCAUAUAAUUCCGGGGGAUACCGAGGUCGAUAUCCUUUCUAGCGCAGAGAUUCCUCACCAAACUGUUCCACUUUCUGCAUCUGCAUCGGCCUUCCCCGCAGAUACCAGUUCCAAAGAAAACCUCCCUUCCACCCAUCAUGAGCGAAACGACUCAGCGGGGACCGGGCAGAGCAUUCCUGUUUCCUCCAAAAGUGAGCAAAGUAUUAUGGCUCUCUCCUGUUCACUUCCUCCGAGGUCUCCAAGACGUCAGUCUGGCUCUUACAAGGGCAAGGCUCCGCGACCGAUUUUUUUUGGCCUCUCAAAGUCCGUGUCGCCGCAUGAGCGGCCUCCAACUUCUCCAAUAAUCUCGCGGCAUCCAUUUCCAGGCCAUAGUCAUAAGAGAAGUGGCAGCUUCUCUGAUUCAGUGCGAGAUGACCGUCUUCCCAUGUCCGCGACGGACCAUGGCUCUACGGACCAUGUGGUUCAGGAAGCAUUGGACCCUGUCCGUUUAAUCCGGGGUGUUCUUUACCCCCCCUGCUGA